AUGCCAAAGAAGGUCACUAUUGUUGGUUCCGGAAACUGGUAGGUCUUUUAUUUGUUUUUUUUUCUUGGUUUAGGAUUGGGUUUUGGAGAGAAUGCUAAGGAAAUAGAAGAAAAAGGUUUGAAAAGAAGAUUAUUAGAUUUGUCAUGAAUAAUAUAAGGUUAUUUGUAGGUUUUGAAGGGAAUUUGGAAGGAUAUUGUUUUAGUGCGAGAUUAUGGGAUAUAACUGAGCUUUUUCUGUUAUAUUUUUUGCUUUAUAAGUUUUAGGCGAAUCUAGAAUUACUUUUUUAACGGCUUUUACUUAUUGGACAUAGAUAAUAUAAGAUUAUUUUGUUUUUUGAGAGAUUAGAAAGAAAGCUGUUUUAGUACUUGUUAGUGAAUUUAGGUUUAAGUGUGUUUUAUCUUAUUAAGCUUUAAAUACAUGGAGUUUCAAAGAUUGGACGCGUUGUUUUUGAUAUUGACUAUAGAAAAUGUAAUUUUUAAUGUUUUUGGGGUAUUUUUCGAAGUUUUUUUGUCAAAUUUAGUGAAUUAGUGGUGUCUUCUAAAGAUUUUUGUUCUUUGAAACUUAAAUUUUUUAUUUUUCAAAGUUUCUUUUUUUAUCUGAAUAAUGUAAAAUUGAUAAAGAAAUUGACUUAUAUUAAUAUAAUUUUAGGGGCUCAGCCAUCGCUCGGAUUGUUGGCGAAACCACUAAAGCCAAUCCAAGUCUUUAUGAUCCGGAUGUCAUCAUGUAUGUGUACGAAGAGCAGGUGGAAGGUGGAAAACUUUCCGAAAUCAUCAACACUCGCCACGAGAACGUCAAAUAUCUGCCAGGCAAGAAGCUUCCAGAGAACGUUAGAGCUGUGACAGAUUUGGUCGAAAGUUGCAAGGACUCGGACGUGCUCAUCUUUGUCAUUCCUCAUCAGUUCGUGAAGAGAACCUGUGCACCAUUGAAGGGAAAACUGAAGCCGGGAACAAUUGCCAUCAGCUUGAUCAAGGUAAGGCAGGUAGGACAAGACAUGUAGUGCUUGGUCCGGUGAGCUGAUGUAACAGUUUUCAAUUUUUGAUUGCUUUUGUGAUUAUGUAUUAAUAUUUUAGACUUUUGAAUGACUGUUUGUUUUAAAAUUAGAUUUAUUUGUUUAAAAGAUAGAGGGAAUUUUUGAAAAAAUAGCUGUUUUUUGUGAAAUUUAAAAGGAAAAACGGAAAAAAUUAAUUUUUAAAACGAUUUUUAAAAAAAUCUAUAGAUUUGAAGACAGUUUUUAAUAUGAAAAGGCCUUUUUGAAGCUUUUACUGGGCUUUUUUUGUGUAUAAAAGACAUUUUUUGAAGCUUUUACUGGACUUUUUUGAAUAUAAAAAGACUUUAAAGCCUUUUUUGACGUUUUUAAUUAAAACAAAAACUGAUUUUUUAAAGCUUUUGGCAUGUAAAUUUGUAAUCUCAACCUCCAGAUUAAUAUAAAUAUUGCUCUUUUUUCAGGGUGUAUCAGUCGGCGAAGGCGGAGGUAUCCAUUUGAUCUCUGAAAUCAUCAAGCAAGAGUUGAGCAUUGAUGUCGCAGUUUUGAUGGGAGCAAACCUGGCUCCAGAAGUCGCCAAUGAGAACUUUUGUGAAGCCACCAUUGGAGCAAAGGAUCCGAAACUUGGCAACGAAUUGAAGACCUUGUUCCACUGCAGUUACUUCAGAGUCAAUGUGGUCAAGGAUGCCCAUACUGUCGAGCUUUGUGGUGCUUUGAAGGUAGGUAUGGGUUGUUUGUAAAGGUUUUAGGAGUUAACGUUUGAAAUUGAUGUUUUUUGCUGUUAAUAGGCGGAAAGUUAAAUUUGAAAAGUCUUCUAAAUUUAAAAAUGUUGACUAUUUUAAAUUUUUAGGUAUAUUAACAUUGAAUUUUGGCUGAAGUUCAACAAAAAAACCUUUUUAACUCAUAAAUUUUCUUUCAGAAUGUUGUAGCUUGUGCUGCCGGCUUCUCAGACGGACUCGGGUAUGGUGACAACACCAAAGCAGCCAUCAUCAGACUGGGCUUGAUGGAAAUUAUCAGAUUUGUUGAGGAAUUCUACCCAGGAUCUCAGUUCACUACAUUCUUUGAAAGCUGUGGCAUCGCUGAUCUGGUCACUACAUGUUAUGGUGGAAGAAACAGAAAGGUCUGCGAGGCGUUCGCUAAAACUGGAAAGGUAGGUUUUAUAUUUUGAUUGGGUGUUUAUUUUUAAAUUUUAAAAAUUUUUUGAAUUUGAAAAUUUUGAAAAAAAGUUUGAAAAAUGGUAGUUCAAUCUAAUUUUGUGUUAUUUAGACUAUCGCCGUGCUCGAAGCAGAACUUUUGAAAGGUCAAUCGGCCCAAGGCCCUCCGACCGCGGCCGAAGUCUAUGCCACAAUGGAAUCGCGCAAAGUCAGCCACAAGUUCCCACUGUUCGUCGCCGUUCACAAGAUUUGCACCGGUCAAGAGAAGGUGGAACGAUUCAUCGACUUUAUCCGCGACCAUCCCGAACAUCACCAAAAACCUCACGUCUUCUAA